GGACCUUGGAUUAGGGAGUAUUCAACCCGCAAUCCUUACGUUUCGUUUUUUGUGCAGGCGGCGGCCAUGACAGGGAGGGGCGGCGACGCUGCGCUCAGGCAGCGCAUCAGGCGGCGGCAGGGAGGCGGGAGGUGCGCGACGGAGACGAAGGAGGAGAAAAUAGAGAGGCGUGGAGGAGAGGCGCGCGAGCGGGAAGGGCUGGCGAGUCGACCACGACGCGGACGAGACCAGCGGCGGCCUUGCAGCGGCUUGCGGUGGUGCAGUCGGCGAGGACCUGCCGAUUCUCGCCGGAUCCGGUGGAAAAUGGCGCAUAGGAGGCGGAUCUGGAAGGAAGUCAGCCAGAGCUCAGAGCACGAUGGCUGCGGGCGCGGCAUGGCUUCGGGUACUGCUGCUGCUCGGCGGUGGGAGAGAAAAGGGAAGACGGGAGGAAGGAGAUGGGAGGCCGGAGGGAGAGAAGGGAGCGGUGAGGUAGGGUGGUGGUGCUUGCGGGCGGGAUGUCCCUCGACGCCGGCACCGUGGCCAUACCAUCUGAAGAUGUGGGGAGUCCCUGGAGUCCUGGACACUGCCUUUGAGGAGCACGGCGACUGCCAGUGCCUGGAGGCCAAGCCAUUCGGUGUGACCGUCAUGCCCGUACUUUCCUGCCACUUCCGGUCUUCCCAACUCGACGGCAAGUACCAAGCAGCAGCUCAGCCAAACCCCGACAACAAGUGCUGAACCGGUUCACAGACUAGCCUGAUUGAUUCAAUCCCCACGUGCUUGUGUCAAUGCCUGCAAGGGAGCAAGCGUACUGGAGUUAUGGUUGGAUGGAGAGUAAUUUGCUACAAAGCUUUACUAUUUAUGGUUAUUUCCUAAAUCUGUGAUUUAAUAUAUAAUGCAUUCUGUAGAAACCAAAAUAAUGUUCGUAGAGAUCCGUUUUUACCAUAUUUCUGCCAUUCAUUUCUGAUUUGAGAAAAUUGCUCAGAAUUAGGUAAUAUCAUUUAUGCUUGUGUUAUCUCUAUCAUUUUAUGGUUUAGCACCAGUCGCACACUGUGGUUACCGUGUGUGGCUUGAAUCAAAUAGCAUGUGAUUGAGCAAAUGAACGAAACAUAGGUGAAACAUUUAUUUUUUUAGUAGAGAUGGGUGCUACGUACAUUCCAUCAAGUGUUCCCUUUAAUUUUUCAUAGUUUACAUUGAGACACAAUAAUUGCUUAAAGCAUGUUUUUGACUGCAGUGUUGCUCGCUAGCAUCUCCACCAUGCAUCUUGUCACUGACAGAAACCCCAUCUUGUCACUGAUAGAACCCCAGGAUCUUCCACCUGCAGCAAACAAAUAAAAGGACUUUAUUUAUGGGCUCAUAAAUUGGUUGUAUCCACGACUCAGGGUUGAUAUGUCCUUGCAUGAGCAAGAUGCCGUAUCUACAUGGAAGGUUACUACAGCACUACACAUAUCUUGUAGAGGUUUUUCUUUUGCUGAAAAUAGCAGGUGAGUGUUAAUAUUUUGCAGGUUCUGUAUUUCACAAUAUUUCGUAUGUUUAAAGGAUAAACUUCCACAACUCUUUUCACUUCUGCAAGUGAACAACUUGGAUCACUUAUGAUGUUUGUUGUGCUAUACCUGUAACUGAAAUAUGUAGUGUAGCGCAUGUUACACUAUCUGCUUGUCCAGAAACUGGAAUAGCUAGCCGAUGUUGGAUAGCGGAGGAUCCUUAUAUUUAUGUUGAUAGUUGUCGAGGAUUUGUUGGUUGUUACCUAAAGGACAUUUGCUAUGGCCCCGUUGCAACUCACAUGCUCUUUUGCUCUGGUUGAUGGAGAAGUUGCAGUAGGCUGAAGAGAUCCAUCAAGGCCGACGGCCAGGAGAUGAAACAGUGAGCGACACAGGGUGCCGGUGCAUGUUGUGGCAGCUGUGUAGUCGACCAACGAGUAUUGGCUCUCAUACCUUCAGGUUACUUUGAGAAACUACACAUAUCUGCAGAAUGUACUAAUUGUGCACUGUGCUUGAUGUAGAGUGGUUUUUUCCAUGUUGGCAUACGAGUACUAAUCAAUGUGAGCUUCAGUUACACUGGGAACAUAUGAUCGAAUGCCCAAUCAUAAUUUAUGUUGUACCUGA